AUGGAAUAUCUCAUUCAGCAAGGAUCUGAUGUGAACAGGGAAGAUGACACUGGGUGGACGGCAUUUAACGCUGCCGUUCAAGAGGGCCACCUAGAAGCCGUCAAAUGUCUCAUGUCUAACGGAGCGAAGCAGAACAGAUAUGUUGGCAUGACCCCACUAUAUGCCGCAGCCCAUUUUGGUCAUUUAGACAUCGUCAAAUUCUUCAUUUCAAAGGGAGCUGAUAAGAACGAAGAAGAUGACAAAGGGAUUCUUCCUCUCCAUGGUGCGGCUAUUAAUGGUAACGCUGAAGUCAUGGAAUAUCUCAUUCAGCAAGGAUCUGAUGAAAACAAGGGUGAUGCCAUCGGCUGGACUCCAUUCAACGCUGCUGUACAAUAUGGUCAAUUAGAAGUAGUCAAAUAUCUCAUGUCUAAAGGAGCGAAGCAGAACAGAUAUGUUGGUAUGACCCCACUCUAUGCCGCAGCUCAAUUUGGUCAUUUAGACAUCGUCGAAUUCUUCAUAUCCAAGGAUGCUGAUGUGAACGAAGAAGAUGAUGACGGGAUGAUUGCUCUCCACAGUGCAGCUAUUCACGGUAACGCUGAAGUCAUGGAAUAUCUCAUUCAGCAAGGAUCCGAUGUGAACAAGGGUGAUGCCAAGGGGUGGACUCCAUUGAAUGCUGCUGUACAAUAUGGUCAAUUAGAUGCAGGCAAAUAUCUCAUGUCUAAAGGAGCGAAGCAGAACAGAUAUGUUGGUAUGACCCAACUCUAUGCCGCAGCUCAAUUUGGUCAUUUAGAUUUCGUCAAAUUCUUCAUACAUGAUGGUACUGAUGUGAACGAAGAAGAUGACAAAGGGAUGAUUGCUCUCCACAGUGCAGCUAUUCACGGUAACGCUGAAGUCAUGCAAUAUCUCAUUCAGCAAGGAUCUGAUGUGAACAAGGGUGAUGCCAAGGGGUGGACUCCAUUGAAUGCUGCUGUACAAUAUGGUCAAUUAGAAGUUGUACAAUUUCUAAUGGCGAAAGGAGCUGAGGUUACCAGGUUUGAUGGAUUGACCCCACUUUACAUCGCAACACAGUAUGACCACAUCGAUGUGGUAAAAUUCCUUGUCUCUAAAGGAUAUGAUGUGAACGAAAGAAGCGAAUGCGGCAAAUUCCCUCUCCAUGCAGCAUGUUAUAAUGGUAACACAGAUAUCGUUAAAUACCUGCUCCUUCAGAAUUCUAAUGUCAAUGAACAAGAUGAUGAUGGAUGGUCACCACUCCAUGCUGCUGCACAAGAAGGCCACCAAGACAUAGUCGAUUACCUUAUAUUGAAUGGGGCAGACAUGAACGUGAAAGACAUCGAUGGUUUGACGCCGCUUCAGGUAGCUGUGGACGCAGGCCAUUUGAAUGCAAUACAGGGAAUUUCAUCAUAUAGACGUGACCCAGAUGAAGAAGAAACAGCAAAACCACGAUCCGGUGGCCACCAGAAUUGA